ACUCAUUAAAACACUCGAUUGACACGUAUUACACAAGACGGACGCUUUAUUUUAAUGUGUCGCUCACUGAUUACUAGAUAGUGGAGUUAGUACUAGAUCCCGGAUAUGGAGCAGGAAGUUCCCGCGACUCCUAACGGGGAUGUAGGGCACCGUCUUUCGGACGUGACCAGUCAGGACAGCGACAGUGGCAUCGUCUACCGAAAUAAACACAGGACAUUCAGCGUGUGGCGUCCAAGUACUUAUUUAAAUGCAGUAUCCCCAGAUAGGGCAAUCAGGAACAACAGAUCUGCAUCAUCAGUGGGAAGCGACUCUAACUAUGGAAAGGAGUCGAUAUCGUCCGUUAGUGAUGGCAGAGAGUUCGGUAAAAGGAGAAGAUGGAACACCCUGGUUACAGUUAUGGUUGUACAAGCUAAGGCUCUUCCGAUAACUUCCGAAAAAAGUUCGGUGUACUGUAAAGUCAGAUUGGGCAACGAAAUACAUAAAACAAAGUCGGUCGCUACAAAGCAGCAACCAGAAUGGAAGGAACGGUUUCAACUCCACAUUCGCAGGGACCACAUGUUAAAAGUCUCUUUGUGGGACAAAGACCAAAGUAAUUUUAUGGGCAGCUGUGUGGUGGAUUUGACGACAUUUGACAAGGAAAGGACGCACGAACUGCGUCUGGAGCUAGACGAUGGGUUUGGCGAAAUCCACUUGUGUGUUACCAUGUGCACCGUCCGCGACGACCCCUGCUUGCCCUCGGAAGAUGCAGAUUCCGGUGUUUCGUUGAAAAACAAAAUCAGCGAUCUGAAAUUAGUCGGGCAACUGCACGUAACAGCCGUGGCGGCACGGGGCUUGAGCUCCAGACCCAACGCAUAUUGCACCUUGGAGUUGCACAAUCAGAGGUCCAAACACACAGUGUAAAUUCUAGUAGCGAGCCUGUAUGGAACAAGAGAUAUACAUUUGACAUCUACGAUAUCACCUCGACACUGGAUGUGAAAAUAAAAGACAGCUCUCUGAAAAGCUCCUUCGGUAUCGAGCACCUUGGCAAAGUAUCCAUACCUUUGUUUAGGAUAACGAACGGCGAGCUGCGAUGGUUCGCG